AUGGUCGUCAUACGAUACUUACCAUUAUUCUUUGCACUGCUAUGGCCAUCCUACGGGAUAAGCCAGAAAAAGCGUGUACUUCUGCACGGAUCUGAUGAAACUGCCACAGCGAUUCAGCUUCUUACAACUCAGGUGAAUCAACUAAUGGCCGAGACAACGCGGCUUAACCUAGAGAUUCACGAUUUGAAGUCACACACUGGAUCAAUUUACACAAGAUGGGGGCGAACCGUUUGUCCAGCGAAUGGUACAAUGCUUAUCUAUAAUGGAUUUGCAGCAGGAAAUUCUCUCAACGCCCACGGACCUGCUGACUUUAUGUGCCUAUCUGCUGACCCCGUAUGGGCGAAAUAUGACGACUCGUCCCAGGGCGCCUCCUCAAUGGUAUACGGUACCGAAUACGAGUUCUCAUACCAAUUCAGCGACGGCGGGGCAAAAUUAUUUGGCCAAAAUCUUCAGGAUCACGACGCUCCGUGCGCCGUUUGUCUUUCAUCGCGAUCGCUGUCCUUAAUGAUUCCAGGAAGAAGCGAGUGCUACCCGGGUUGGACAAAGGAAUACGCGGGCUACAUUGUAUCCGGUGCCCCAUCUCAGAUCUCUCCAACGAAUUACAUAUGCCUUGAUCAGAAUGCUGAAACUGAGAGGGGAGAUGCGCGCAAUGACAAUGGAAAAGUUGUGUACUUGGUAGAGGCGGCUUGUGGGUCUCUUCCUUGUCCUCCUUACGUUCAAAACAGAGAAAUUCCUUGCGUCGUAUGCACUAAAUAGAAGUAUCAUGUUUGCAAUUAUCGUCGGAUACCCUUGAUACACACUACGCUAUGCUUAUGUAUGAAGUGUAACGGAUGAAAGUACUGUGGUUGCCGACGAUGGUUUGCAAUAGAUUCAUCGACUAACAUGUUGACGUGUAAAAAAUGCUUGGAGUAAAUUCAUAAUGGUGUGGGUAGCGCAUUAUGCGCUAAUGUAUAUUGUUAUAUGCACUGCGUUGAAUGCUUAAAAUAAAAUCACUGUGUGCUAGUUUAUAAUUAAAUCAUUAAAUCAUUGUCUAU